AUGGACCUGUGGAACGAGCAGCGGGACCAGAACUCCACGGUGGGCCUCGCCUACGUCGGCGGGAUGUGCUCCUCCACCGUCUCCUGCACCAUCAGCGAGGGGACGUCCUUCGCCGCGGCCUACAUCGCGGCACACGAAAUCGGACUGCAGCACGAAAUCGACACAAGGAGGCGUUGUUGGUGGCAGUGGAAGCACGAAAUCGGACACAACCUGGACAUGCGCCACGACGGAGGCUCUGACGCGUGGAUGUGCAAAGGGAAGCAGUUCCUCAUGUCUUCUGUCAUGUCAUCGGGAGCCACCACCUGGUCCUCGUGCUCCAAGGAAGCGCUCGGGAAAUUCCUCAAUUCGGGGAGCGGCAGAUGCUUGACCUCGACCAAAAAGCUGGAUGACCCCAGGAAAGGUCACGGCGGCAAACUGCCAGGGAGGAGAUUCGGUGCCAGCGAGCAGUGCCACUACAUGUACGGCGCAGGAUGGGAUUUCUUCUCGUCAACUGAGAGCCCCUUUAAUAACGUCUGCAAAGAGAUCUGGUGCAAAAAGGGAUUCAAGCUCAGAACUCCCUCAGCCUCGGCUCUCGAAGGAACGCCCUGUGGUCCGCUGAAGAUUUGCAUUGGUUGUGCGUGUGUGACAGACGAACUGACGGACGACGAAGAGGAAGAUGACGAGGGAGGAGAAUUUGAUCUGGAGGUUAAUGAAAGUUCUGCCAAUGAGACUUGCAGGUCGAAGGAGGAAGAUUGCAACACGUUCUCGAGUUUUCUCGGGUCGAUGCUGGGUUCGAGCUUUAGUAGCGUCUUCAACAGUAUCUUCAUGAGCAUGGGCAUAUGUGAUGAUGUUUGCGAAGAAUAAAUGCCAUGAAGCCAAUACCAAUGUGGAUCGCACACAUACACACACACACACUAUAUAAUAU